AUGUCAACAUAUUUACCCUUUCAUAAUUUAGCUUAUUGUCCAAAAUAAAUCAUCGAAUUUGUCUAAAGGCCAGAUAUGAAUUUAAUAGAUUUACACAAAAUGCUAGAUUCCCUAAAAUUACCCAGAAAUCAUUCUAAAAUCUUAAGAAAAAUGUAAAUUCUAGUACAAAAGCAAGAAUCUUUUUUGAACGAAGAAAAUUCAAACAUUAGAACUUGUUAAGAAGACGAUUCAAUUUCACCUAUGUUGAUUUUUGGAAAAUUCAACUAUUAAAUAUUUUAUUUACUAUUAAAAUCACACAAUAAAAUAAGAUGUAUUAAACAUGCUUUUAUAUUUCAUGCUAUGAAUCGCUGGAGAUUUUUGAUAAAAUUAAUAUCAAAAAUAGGCAUUUAAUUUGGAGAUUCUGAAUUUAAUCGAAUUUUAAUUAUAUUAUUAUUAUUAUUAUUAUUAUUAUUAUUAUUAUUAUUAUUAUUAUUAUUAUUAUUAUUAUUAUUAUUAUUAUUAUUAUUAUUAUUAUUAUUAUUAUUAUUAUUAUUAUUAUUAUGA